GAAGUGACGUUGCAGGAAGUGGAGCAGGACGGCGCCGUUGUCAUGGCGGCGGUGAUGGCGGCCUAGGCCGGGCCUGGUGCUGUUCGUUCUUCCCUUCCUCCCGUUCCGUUCCCGCGGUUCCGGAGCCGCCGCGAUGACCCAGGCCGAGCUCCGGCUCUGCUCCCUCCUGCUGCGGGAGCAUUUCGGGGAAAUCGUGGAAAAAGUCGGGAAUUCCCUGCUCCGGACGGGCCCGCGGCCGCUGCGGCUGCUGGUGGGGGACACGGGGCUGCUCCCGGAUCAGGUGAAGAAGGCGCUGUGCGUGCUGAUCCAGCACCAGCUGGUGCGCUUCGAGGCGCAGCCGCGGGGCUGGGUGGAGUACGAGGCGCGGCGGCAGCGCGUGCUGCGCAUCCUGCGCUACCCCCGCUACAUCUACACGGCCAAGGCGCUCUACGGGGACCCGGGAGAGCUGCUGGUGGAGGAGCUGCUGCUGCACGGCCACCUGCCCAUGAGCGCUGCUGUGGCCAGGGUGGCCGAUCGCCUCACCGAGACCAUGGAAGACGGGAAAUCCAUGGACUACUCGGAGGUGUCCAACACCUUUGUGCGCCUGGCAGACACCCACUUCAUCCAGAGGUGCCCCAUGGCCCCAGAGGUGCCCCCAGAUGGCAAAGUGCCCCCAGCCCCUGCCCUGGGCAUCGCUGACAAGGACAUGUACGCGGUGCCACGCCUCAGCCUCGUCGGGAAAGGGAAGAGGAGGCGCUCGUGUGACGAGGAAGAGGAGGGAGAGCACAAAGCCAAAAGGCAGAAGCAGGAGGGAGGAAGCUCAGAGGCUCCCCCGGAUGAUGGCAUUUACUGGCAGGUGAACCUGGAGCGUUUCCAUCAGCAUUUCCGUGACCAGGCCCUGGUCAGUGCCGUGGCCAGCCGGAUGGACCAGACCAGCAGCGAAGUGGUCCGGACCAUGCUGCGCAUGAGCGAGGUCACCACGGCCUCGGGGGCCUCCCACACUCAGCCCCUCUCCUCCAACGAGAUUUUCAGGUCUCUCCCCGCUGGGUACAACAUUGGGAAGCCGGUGCUGGACCAGUACCUGGCCCUGCUGGCUGAUGAUCCGUUGGAGUUUGUGGGGAAAUCGGGGGACAGUGGAGGGGGCACCUACACUGUCAACCUGCACAAGGCCCUGGUGUCCCUGGCCACGGCCACGCUGGAGUCCAUCGUGGAGGAGAGGUUUGGCUCUCGCUGUGCCCGCAUCUUCCGGCUGCUCCUGCGCAAGAAGCACCUGGAGCAGAAGCAGGUGGAGGAUUUUGCCAUGAUCCCAGCCAAGGAAGCCAAGGACAUGCUCUACAGGAUGCUCUCGGAGAACCUGGUGGCCUUGCAGGAGAUGAUUUCCAGCUCUGGGAUCCCAGAGAUUUGUCCAGGUGUGACAGCUGGAUGGGUUUGGGGCACUUGUGAGUGAUCCCACCUGGAAUUUGGGCCCUGGUUGCUGAGAAUUUGAGAUUUUCUGUGCUGCCAGGCACUGACUCCCAAUAGAACACUGCCUGUGACCCGAGGCUGUGGAGAAAUCUCCCAAAAUUGAGUGGUAGAACUGGGAUUGUGGGUGUGGAGUUGGAAUAGAAGUGUGGAAUAUCACAGGGUGGAAAACUUAAGAGUUUGGGGUUUUAAAAUAGAGGAAAAAAUAUAAAACAAGAUGGGGAUUUUAGGGUGGAGGCUGGUCCUUCACUUUCUUCUCCUCCUUCUCCUUCUCCUUCUCCUUCUCCUUCUCCUUCUCCUUCUCCUUCUCCUUCUCCUUCUCCUUUUUCUCCUUCUUCUUCACCUUCUCCUCCUCCUUCUUCUUCUCCACCUUCUUUUUCUCCUUCUUCACCUUCUUCUCCUUCUUCUUCUCCUCCAUGGGUUUGGGUGGUUUUGUGUAAUUGCAUUAAAAAGUCCCCAUUGCAAGCCAUGGGUGGUUGGUUAUUGAGCUAAAAGUAAAAAUAAUUUAGGUGUAAUUUCUUAAUUGUGCAGUUUAUCCUUUAAAGGCCUUGCAGAGAGAGAUAGAUCUCCAUUUUUGGUUUGUUAAAGUGCUGUAGAACUCAGGGUUUGUGAGAAUGAACAGAGAUAAAAAUUAAUGAAUUAUCUGAGUCCAAAGCAGAAAAUCCAUCUCACACAUUUAACCCCAACCCUGGCAAAGAGAAGCAAAAGCUCCACAGGGAAUCCUGAGGGUGAGGGGACGCAGGGACACCUCCAGGGAAGGGGAAAUCUCCAUUUGGUGCCCACCAUCCCUCUG